AAAGAAGAGCAACGGAGAUCGCCAUGGGCUCACUAGCCGAAUCCCUCCAUCUCGUCUUCUUCCCUUUCCUCGCCCGAAGCCACAUGAUUCCCAUGCUGGAGACAGCUCGCCUCGCCGCCGAGCGCGGCGUCCGGGUAACCCUCGUCACCACCCCGGCCAACGCCCACCUUGUCCGCCCCACCCUCGACCGCGCCAACUCCUACAUCUCCACCUCCCAUCCUCCCAUGGAGCUCCGCCUCAUUCCCUUCCCCGCUGCCGAGAACGGCCUCCCCGACGGCUGCGAGAACCUCACCGCCGUUCCGAUCCCGCUCGCCGCCAAUUUCUUUGCGGCCGUCUUCGGUCUCCGUGCACCCCUCGACGCGCUUCUCCGCGAUCUCCACCCCGACGCGCUCAUCUCCGACGCCCUCUUCCCGUGGACCACCGCCCUCGCGUCCGAGCAUGGCAUUCCGCGUCUCAUCUUUCAGGUCACCGGUCUGCUUCCCCUCUGCGCCGCCAACGACCUCGACCUUCACCGGCCUUACGAGGCCGUCUCGGGCAGGGGGGAGCCCUUUGCCAUCCCCGGCUUCCCCCACCCGAUAAAGCUGACGAGGGCCGAGCUUCCGGAGGUGUUCGACUUCCCUUACAUGCUCGGCCUCCUCCGGGAAGCCGAGCUCACCAGCUACGGCGUCGUUGUCAACAGCUUCUACGACCUCGAACCCAACUACGCCGACCACUACAGGAAGGUGGGCCCGCGGGAGGUGUACCUCGUCGGCCCGGUAGCCAUUGCCGGGGCGCAACCCCAGGAAGGCGGCAAAGAGGAUGCCGCCCGUGACCCCUGCCUGAGCUGGCUCGACGGCAAGGCGGACGACUCGGUGGUCUACGUGAGCUUCGGUACGCUGUGCCGGUUCAGCGACGCGCAGCUGCGGGAGCUGGCGCUGGGGCUGGAGGCGAGCGGCCACCCGUUCCUGUGGGCGGUGCGGGCGGACGGCGGCGUGGGCGAGGGGUGGAUGCCGGAGGGGUACGAGGGCCGGGUAGCGGGCCGGGGGCUGGUGGCGCGCGGUUGGGUGCCGCAACGGGAGAUCCUGGCCCACCGGGCGUUGGGGGGCUAUGUGGUACAUUGCGGGUGGAACUCGGUGACGGAGGCGGUCUGCUCCGGCGUGCCGCUCGUCACGUGGCCUCUCCACUCGGAGCAGUUUGUGAUCGAGAAGCUGCUGGUGGACGUGUUGGGGGUGGCGCGUCCCAUGUGGGAGGGUUUCAAGAGCGUGCUGGACGGCGAGAAGGAGGUGGUGAAGGCGGAGACGGUGGCGAGUUCGGUGGCGCUGCUGAUGGGCGGCGGCCCCGAGGCUCAGGCGGCGCGUAAGAGGAUGAAGGAGCUGGGGGAGGCGGCGGCGAGGGCGGUGACGGAGGGAGGGUCGUCGCACGGCGACGUGGGACGGAUGAUCCAAGGGCUCACGGCGUGCAGCGUCCAACGUGGGAAGGCCGUGGCAAAAGAGUAA